UUCUUCUUCAUCAUCAUUAUCCCUCUUCUUCUUCUUCCCCCACAGCUAACAGACGUCUUAGUAUACGUCUCCGUCAGCUAACAAUCGAAAAUGAGAGAGUGCAUUUCUGUUCACAUCGGUCAAGCCGGAAUCCAGGUCGGCAACUCAUGCUGGGAGCUCUACUGUCUCGAACACGGUCUUCUGCCUGAUGGACAAAUGCCUGGUGAUAAGACUGUUGGAGGCGGAGAUGAUGCUUUCAACACGUUUUUCAGUGAGACCGGUGCCGGAAAGCAUGUGCCGCGUGCGGUGUUUGUAGAUCUGGAACCUACUGUCAUUGAUGAGGUGAGAACUGGUACUUAUCGCCAGCUGUUUCAUCCUGAGCAGCUGAUUAGCGGUAAGGAAGAUGCUGCUAACAACUUUGCCAGAGGUCAUUACACAAUUGGCAAGGAGAUUGUGGAUUUGUGUCUGGAUCGGAUUAGGAAGCUUGCUGAUAACUGUACCGGUUUGCAAGGGUUUUUGGUGUUCCAUGCUGUAGGAGGUGGAACUGGUUCUGGUCUAGGGUCUCUGCUUCUAGAAAGGCUGUCUGUUGAUUAUGGAAAGAAAUCAAAACUCGGUUUCACUGUUUAUCCAUCGCCUCAGGUGUCUACGUCUGUUGUUGAGCCAUACAACUCUGUGCUUUCGACUCACUCGCUUCUCGAACACACUGAUGUUUCGGUCCUUCUUGAUAAUGAAGCUAUUUACGAUAUCUGUCGUAAGUCGCUUGAUAUCGAGAGGCCAACUUACACCAACCUGAACAGGCUUGUCUCACAGGUGAUUUCCUCUUUGACCGCAUCGCUUCGAUUCGAUGGUGCGCUGAACGUUGAUGUGAACGAGUUUCAGACCAAUCUGGUGCCAUACCCUAGGAUCCAUUUCAUGCUUUCAUCAUAUGCUCCUGUUAUCUCAUCUGAAAAAGCCUACCAUGAACAGCUAUCUGUUGCGGAGAUAACCAACAGUGCUUUUGAGCCAUCGUCUAUGAUGGCGAAAUGUGAUCCCCGCCACGGGAAAUACAUGUCGUGCUGUUUGAUGUACCGAGGUGACGUGGUUCCAAAAGAUGUGAAUGCAGCGGUUGCUACUAUCAAAACAAAGAGAACCAUUCAGUUUGUUGAUUGGUGUCCAACCGGGUUCAAGUGCGGUAUCAACUACCAGCCACCAACUGUUGUUCCAGGUGGUGAUUUGGCUAAUGUUCAGAGGGCAGUGUGCAUGAUUUCUAACUCGACCAGUGUUGCUGAGGUGUUUUCGAGAAUUGAUCACAAGUUUGAUUUGAUGUACGCGAAGAGGGCGUUUGUGCAUUGGUAUGUUGGUGAGGGUAUGGAGGAAGGUGAGUUUUCGGAGGCAAGAGAGGAUUUGGCUGCUCUUGAGAAGGAUUAUGAGGAGGUUGGGCUUGAGUCUUGUGAUAAUGAGGAAGAUGAUGGUGAAGAGUAUUAGUUCUUGAUUAGUAUUGUUAAGUCUGGUUUUAUGUUUUCCUAAUUGUUAGACCAAUGGGCUCAUUGGUUUUGAUCAAACAGAUGCUGUUACUUUUGUUCUGUUUGCUUUAGUUUACAUUUUGAAAUGCAAUGCAUAAUCUUCCUUUACUGAA